GUUUUGAAUAUCCCACUGAACGAUGUAUUAAAAUAUAAUUUAAUAUUCUCAGCGUGUGGCAACAGUCUGGCAACAUUAAUUUAGCAUUUAUAAAGUCUGGUAACGUCAAAAAUUAUAUAUUCUUUGCGAAUCCUCCUUAGUAAGUUGAACAUGGCCAACACUCCAGCAGCAUCGAGCAGCGCCGGACCUGUUCUGCGUGGUCUACACAAUGCCACCAUCAAGCGUAACUUGGCUGUGGCACUCGGUCUGACCGCCGUCAUUACGGUUGCUUUUAAAAUUCUGGUCAAUGAUCCAAAGAAAGCCGCCUAUGCAGAAUUCUACCAAAAAUAUGAUGCAAACAAAUCCUUUGAGCGCAUGAAGGCCGCAGGCCGUUUCCAAUCGUGCUAAACGAGCUAUGGAUUAGUAUAAGACAUAAAGUGUGUAACUUUGUUGUAUUGAAAACUAAAUAAGAGUUCAAUUCUCAAA